AUGAGUUAUUAUGUAUAUUCUACGAGCAGGUCGGUAAUUACCCGUGACUACUUCAAACAUGUAUUAGAGGGGAAACAAGAGCUCCAUAACGUCAAGUCUGUUCAGAUUUUUCUGGAAUCGAUCAUGGAACAAGAAGAUCGAUGUGUUUGCAUUGAAAGGCUCUUUACGAGCUCGAAGGCCUUACAGGGAUUGAAGAGGGGCUUGAGAUUCGAUAUUACCCCGGCCUUCGUGAAUAACUACCUUGCUCGAUUUCUCGACUAUAUAUCUGAUCGAUAUGUCAAGCAACUAUGCAAUGGCUCUUGGUUCCGUCGUAUCCUGGUGAUGGUGGUAGAGCCGCCGGGAAUCUGGAAUCAACUUAUGGACUUUUUUGAAAACAGCUUGUUAUCACCGAAAGGAGUCUAUGCAUUUGCUUGGUUGAUGGCUGAGCUUUUGUGUCUCCAUCCACCCUUGAACGAAAUUGAUAUCGUCGAAGAUGCAUGCAAGGUGUUGAGAAAUGGCACCCUUUUAGCACAUCCAGAUGAAAAUAUUCGUAUGCUCGGAGAAAAUAUCAAACGAUUCUAUCAUACGAAAUUGGCUGAGAAGCGAAUCAAACCUAUCUUCGGGCCCGGUGGGCGGCAUGAUAACGAUUUUGACGACUUUCGAAGAAUAGCUAUAUAUCCGACACCUGAUGAGUUCCGAUCAAACGAACAGCCAUUCUACCAGCCGAUGCAUGCAAUUAUGGAUGAACCAAUGGAAAAUAGAGUCGGGAGGCAUAUUGGUAAUCAAUUCCGCUUAUUACGGGAGGACAUGCUGUGUACGCUUAAGGAUGAGCUACUCAGGCCAACAGAGCUCAAGAAGGCACGGUUCGUCGUGACCCUAGGCGGCCUAUCGCUGAAGACGAUAACCUGCGAGAGCGACGAUCCAAACCGCCUUCCUCCUUGCGCCUUAGCUGUCCAGUGCAACAAGGAACUCGGAUCAUUUACUGAUGACUUAAAGGAUUCAUGGGUUUCUGACUUGCUCCCGAACGGCACACGCGAUCUUAAACACGGGGCGUAUGGCUGCUUUGUUCAUAGAGGGGAGGUCAUUGCGUUUGCUAAAGUGCGUCGAAUCAAGCACUUUAAUCGCGGUGAUCCCCCCAUUUUACCACUCGAGAUAUCCAGUAUGGAGUCGCUGGAAAAGACUUUAAUCUGUUUCAAAGAGCACAGUGACAUCCAAUUACGGAUGGUUCAGGCACCAUUAUAUAUGUACGAGCCGGUGCUGCGGGCCCUUCAAACAAAAGUGGACAUGUCGUGCAUGGAAGCCCUUCUUGUUUCAGGGAAUGAUAGCCUGAACAUUCAAACGAACCUUGUUCCCUUUGAUAUAAUAAACGACAUCCAUAGAAAGGACAAUAGGAGGCUGCGAAAGGUUUUGCAAAGUCCCAAAGCCAUCAACCUUGACGAGUCUCAAUGGGAAUCGCUUCGGCUUGCAGUUAAAUACCGGCUUAGCCUUAUCCAAGGUCCACCAGGGACAGGAAAAUCUUUCAUAGGGGCUCUCAUAACUAAAAUUUUUUACCAGUUUACCGAGGAGAAAAUUCUUAUAAUGUGCCAUACCAACCAUUCUUUGAACCAGUUCCUAGAGCACUUGCUGGAUAGGGGAAUUAAUAAAUCUGCGAUCGUUCGGUUAGGGUCUGAAUCAACCGCUCGUACUGAAGAACUGAGACUUGCUCACGAACUAGCUAUGGUUAAGGGCACUAGAUACCGUGAGAUUUCAAGAUACCGGGAGAUUUCAAAAAGAACCACCCAGGAUGCGCGCGAUCACUGGGAGGCCCAGCUUAAUAUGACAUUCAGACAAUACGAGCAUAUCAAAGCAGAUAGUGAAAGCAUAGUGAGACUUUUGGAGUCCACGGAACCAGGAUUCUAUCGUGCGUUUAUACCAAAGCCUUCGAUGGAAAAUGAGAUACCCGAUACAGCCUCAGUGCAUCUUUAUACUAAGUGGUGUCAGAACAAGAAGCCGGGCAAUGAUACCUUUUACAACGACGAGGAGUCACAAUCUGUAUGGAACCUUGAGCCCAAGGAACGGCAAACCUUGAUCUUUAAAUGGAAAAAGACACUGCUGGAAAAUGCAGCUGUGAGUGUAUGUAAUAAUGCGUAUUACUUGAAUCAGAGCCAGGAGUGGCUCCAGGAUGCUUCUAACGAUAGAAUACGGGAAGUUUUGGCCAGAAAGCAAAUAAUUGGCUGCACUACUACUGGAGGAGCGAUAUAUGCUUCAAUUCUUCGUACUAUCUGCCCCGGCAUUGUCAUACUUGAAGAGGCCGGGGAAAUCCUAGAGUCCCAUGCACUGGCGACGAUUGGGCCAGAAACAAAACAGCUUGUAAUGAUUGGCGACCACCAGCAGCUGAGGCCCAAGAUAAAUUCCCAUAGCCUCUCGGUAAAGAAAGGGGAUGGAUAUAAUUUGGAUGUAUCGUUAUUUGAGAGACUGAUACGAACUGGCCAUCGAUGUACAGUUUUAUCGCAACAGCAUCGCAUGUGCCCUGAAAUCUCAAAACUGGUGCGUGAGCUUACCUAUCAUGACUUAAUCGACAGUCCCACCACAAAAGAACGGCCCGCCCUGUGUGGGCUGCAGGACCGCGUUAUAUUUAUUGACCAUGACUCCCCGGAGUGCGAAGUAGAAAUUUUAGAGCGGUUAGACGAGGAACUAGAUACAAGUAGGGCUAAUAUGGCAGAGGUGUCCAUAGUAUCAGAGGUGCUCGAAAACUUCGUUUCUGAAGGCUAUUCACUCAAUGAUAUAGUCAUCUUAGCCCCAUAUUCGGGCCAAGUUACUUUCCUACGGGAAGAGAUAGAGCAGAGGUUUGGUAUUUACCAUUUCGAUGAGUGGGAUAGUGACGAUUCCACCGUGUUCCGGAGGACCAAAGUAGACACGCUCGAUUCUUUCCAGGGAGAGGAGUCGCGUAUCAUUAUAGCUUCUCUUACGCGGAGCAAUGAUCGUGGUGAUAUUGGUUUUAUGGCCGAUCGAAAUCGUGUCAAUGUCCUUCUCUCAAGAGCACGGGAUGUGCUCAUCUUGGUGGGCAGCGUGAAAACAUUCGCUAGCAGCGUCAGUGGGCAGGGUGUUUGGGGCCCGUUGAUUCGAAUUUUGCGGGAGCAUGGGCAUAUCUACGAACAGCUCCCGAUUACUGGAGGGGGCAAUGACGCAAGUUCCGAAUAA